GUAAUUAAUGAGCAGUGGAUAAACGACACGCGCGGGAGGGUGUCUGUCUGAUUAUGAAUUUCGUCCAUCAAGUCCGUCCAUAUAUCAGAGAGUGAUUUCCUCUUCACAGUGAGAUCCAUAGAGCGGUUUUGGAAAACGCCGGCAGUUCCAUCAUUUUCCACUGCCCAGCCGGCGGGAUUUGCAGUCAAUCAAAGUAGCGGAAAUUUUGGAAGACAAACCAUCCAUCUUUCCCUCGUAACCAGAUUUUUCGUUUUCAUUGAUGUGCAUGCGGUGAAGUUCAACUUCUACGGUAAGGAGGAAUGAGGCUUGUGAAAUGUGAUGAGAACUGAGAAAUUAGGCAUGGCAACAAAUGUUCUUCCAAGCACAAUUGUUCUUCAAGCUAUUAAAGAAGAUUAUACGGACUGGAGUGAUUGCAUAAGAAACUAUUUGUUGGCUCAUGAUCUUUGGGAUAUUAUCGAUACAACCCCGGAACCACCCAAACCAGAAAAUAACGUAGAAUAUAAGGCAUGGAGGAAGAAAAAUGCUGCGGCUGUACAUGCAAUUCUAAUAUCAUGUGGGAGGGAAAUACUAUCUCAGAUCAAGGAUGUUACUUUUGCCAAAACUGUUUGGGAUACAUUGGCUAAUAUGUAUAAAGAACACCGACUACCAGAAGAAGCUAAUCGAGUGGCAGGAAUUUCAUCAUCAGCAGCAGGGAGUUUCCAGAGGCGCAAAAUCCAGAACCCUGGCUUUACCGAGUAUGCGAUCUUGUACGAGGCUGUGCGAGAGGGUCAAUGGGACGAUGCACGUGAUUUCAUUCUAAAGCGUGGCGGCAAUUCCCUGACCGCAAAAAUCACACCAUUGGGCCAGACGGCUCUUCACGUUGCUGUUGUUUUUCAACAGGUCGAUAUAGUGGAGAGGUUGGUGGAGAUGAUGUCGCCAGAAGACUUGGAAAUACAAGAUGAUGAAGGUCUGACAGCUCUGGCUCAGACAGCAAUUCGAGGUUCCCUGCGGAUGGCCAGAUGCAUGAUAGAUGGGAACCCAAAUCGUUUGAUUACCAUCGGAAAUAAUUGGGGAUUAAAUAUUCCAGUAGUUCUGGCUCUUCGCUUUGAGAGAAGACAAUUGGCUCACUUUCUCUAUCAUCACACUCCGUUGGAAGCGUUACUGCCCGAGGAAGGCUCCAAUGGUGCUACAGUUGUAACCAAAGCUAUAAAUACUGGAAAUUUUGAUAUCGCUUUGGAUUUAAUUCGGAAAUGUCCAAGUUUGUCAACUUCUCUAGACGCAGACAACAUCUCCCCCAUGUCCCUUUUGGCUGGUAUGAGUUACGUAUUCCCGAGUGGUAAUCGGCAACCGUUUUGGACACGAUGCAUCUACUCCUGUAUUCACAUUGAUAAGUCGACUGUGAGCAUUGAUUAUGAAGCCAGUCCGAACAUUGAAAACGAUGGAGAAGAAACUAGCGGACCAAUGUCAAUUAUACCACCGGGCCAACCAGAUACAAUUACAAGACUCCUAACCGGCCUCUUGGUUAAAUUGACGAUGUUUCUGACCUUCGGUAUUGUCAAAGGAUUUAAGCAUCUAUAUGAAAUUAAGUUUCUCCACCUCCAAUCCCAACAACUUCUGCAUAAUAUGUUCUUCGAGUAUAAGGAGCUUAACAAACCGUUCCUUGCCCAACUCGGGGCAGAAAGUGGCCUUUCGCAAGCGAUCUUCAGUGCUAUUAGGGCAGGCAUCUUUGAGUUUGUUUAUCUUGUAAUGAAAGAAAAUCCAGAGCUUUUGUCGAUCCGUGAUAGUGAAAGAAGAAACAUAUUUAUGUCUGCCGUCCAACAUCGACGACCUGAAAUCUUUCGCCUUAUAUACGGGUUGGGACCGAAAGAGAUCAAAAUAAUAAUAUCAGCUCGAGAUAACUUCAGCAACAACAUAUUACAUAUAGCAGGGAUGUUAACAGCUUCCACUCCACUUGAUUACAUAAGAGGUGCAGCUUUACAGAUGCAAAGAGAAUUACAAUGGUUUAAGGAGGUAGAGCGCUUGUGCAACCCCAUGUUUAAGAACGAAUUAAACAAAGACGGUUUGACUCCUAAACAAGUGUUCUCGAAAACCCACGAAGACUUGAUGAAACAUGGAGAGAAAUGGAUGAAGGACACCGCACGUUCUUGUACGGUGGUAGGCGCUCUAAUUGUCACAAUUAUGUUCGCUGCAGUAUUUACCAUCCCAGGUGGUACCAAACAAGACAAAGGUUUUCCGGUUUUCAUACAUAAAAAAUUGUUUAAAAUCUUCAUAAUUGCUGAUUCCCUAUCUCUCUUUUCUUCCUCGACCUCAGUAUUGAUGUUUUUGGGAAUCCUCACAUCGCGUUAUGCAGAGGAAGAUUUUAUCAAAUCCUUACCCAAAAAAAUGAUAAUAGGUCUUUCCACCCUAUUCUUCUCUAUUGCAACCAUGAUGAUAACCUUUUCAGCUACUCUUUUAAUUAUCUUCCGUGAAAAAGUGUCGAUGGUCAUUCCUAUCAUCGGUUUAGCCUGCAUUCCUGUUUCCUUGUUUGUAAUGAUGCAGUCCAGCCUUCUUGUUGACAUGAUUGCUUCAACUUACGGAUCAGGCACCUUUAAGUACCGGAAAAUGAAGCAAGGCACCUUUAAGUACCGGAAAAUGAAGCAUUGGAAAUUUUUCUUCCGAAUGAAAAAGCCUUGGCUUACUACCUCAAUUUGACGUUAUAUAUGUACAAUGUAUGCGUAUUCUAUUAAUGUGGCAUACUAGCCUGGACGUAUGAUGCCCCUUUUUUUGGACGGAUUAUUGAUGAAUUUUCAGCUUGCUUUUGUGGCA